AUGUCAACGUCGGUGGGUGCCCCCCAACAGUUCAAGCAGCCUUCCCGUAAGGGUAAGAAGGCCUGGCGCAAGAAUGUCGACGUCACAGAAGUGCAGGAGGGUCUGCGCCAGUUGAAAGAUGCUGAGAUCAAAGGUGGUCUGAUCUCGGAGAAGCCAUCCGAUGAGCUUUUCAUUCUCGAUACCACUGGAGAUCAAGAGGUUCGGCAAGCAAUUGCAAAGAAACACAAGCCGCUCAAGGCCGACGAGAUCAUCGCUCAACGGUCUGCCAUCCCCGCAUUGGACGGACGCAAGCGUGUUAAUUCGAAUGUUACCGAUGGAGUUAUCGAGCCCAAGACGAAGAAGCACAAGAAUGACUGGGUUAGCCGCAAGGAUUACUUGCGCUUGAAGCAGGUGGCCAGGGAAGCGAACCCUAUCAAUAAGAAGGGCAACAACGAGCUUUAUGAUCCAUGGGCGGAUGACGCCGAGGAGCCUACCGUCUACGAUGAUCCUCAAUUUGAUUUCCUGCGGAAGCCAAAGGCCAAGGUCGCCCCGGAGACCCUGAAGCACGCGCCAAUCUCCCUUGCUGCCAAUGGCAAGCCCGUUCCCUCUGUGCGCAUGCCCCAUGCCGGAACCAGUUACAACCCGGUGUUUGAAGAUUGGGAUCAGCUCCUGCAAGAGCACGGAGAGAAGGCUGUCGAGGCGGAGAAGAAGCGCCUUGAAGAGGAAAAGAAGGAGCAGGAGAGGCAACGAUUAAUCGCCGAGGCCCAGAACGACGACGGAGAAGUAAAGUCCGACGACGAGAGUGCAUGGGAAGGCUUUGAAAGUGAAUAUGAGAAGCCCGAGUGGUUGAACAAGAAGCGACCGGAGCGAAAGACCAAGACUCAGCGCAACAAGAUCAAGCGGCGCAAGGAGGCCGAGAGGCAAGCGAAGUGGGAUGAGCAAAAGGCCAAGAAAGAUGCUCAAGCCGAACGGAUCCAAGAGCUUGCCGAGCUCGCCAAGCAGAACGAACUGGAACGUGCCAACGAGUCUGAUGCUGAUGACUCGGAGGAUGGAGAUGAAACUACUCUGCGACGAAAGCCGUUCGGCGGCAAGCUUGCGCCACCGGAGAAGCCAUUGGAGCUGGUUCUCCCUGAUGAGCUGCAGGACUCUCUGCGCUUGCUCAAGCCCGAGGGCAACCUCUUGGACGACAGAUUCCGCACACUCAUCGUCCAGGGAAAGCUUGAGUCUCGCAAGCCAAUAACACAGGCUCGCAAGGCGAAGAAAAAGGUGACGGAGAAGUGGAUGUCCAAGGAUUUCAAAGUUCCUGGAUUUUAA